CUCUCUCUCUCUCUCUCUCUCUCUCUCUCUCUCUCUCUCUCUCUCUCUCUCUCUCUCUCUCUCGUGCACCGCCGCACUGAUGCUCGCGUCCUUAAUAUCAAGAGCAUCUCCUGCCGGCUGCUGCUGCUGCUCGUGCUACUAGCCUAUACAGCACCAUCCAUGGGUACCGCCACGUUUUGAUGCACAUGACGGGCCGCUGCACCUGACGUCCGUCGCUCACGACAGAUCGCCAUCGUCGUCCACGCCAGUGAGGACUGAUCGUCGAUCAGCGGCUGGCUUCCUUGACUCAGCGAUGCGAGCUUAAAGGAAUAGGAGCGAAGUGCAUGUCUUCGCCGUUCGCCCGCUGCUGCUGCCGCUCCAUUGAUAACCGUCUUCUCAUCGAUUCAACCGAACGCCUUCUGUGUUGGUGGAUUAAACAACCCCACGAUUGAUAGCGACGCUGCAGGGUGUCUGGCGAGAUGGCCAAUGCCUCCCCAGAUCUGGACAACGCCGAAGCCCAGCGCCAACUCAACAACAACAACCGACCAAUCAGCUCGGGGCUCUGGGACACGGAAUGCACGAGCUCCAAGCUGUUUGAGUGCUCCCGCAUCAGGGCUCUGGCGGACGAGCGGGAUGCGGUCCAGAAGAAGACCUUCACCAAGUGGGUCAACUCCCACCUGUCCCGGGUGUCCUGCCGCAUCGCAGACCUGUACAACGACCUGCGUGAUGGCUACAUGCUCACCCGGCUGCUGGAGGUCCUCAGUGGAGAGCUGCUGCCGCGACCCACGCGAGGCCGCAUGCGGAUCCACUGCCUGGAGAACGUGGACAAGGCGCUCCAGUUCCUCAAGGAGCAGCGGGUCCACCUGGAGAACGUGGGAUCCCACGACAUCGUCGACGGCAACCACCGCCUCACGCUGGGCCUCAUCUGGACCAUCAUCCUCCGCUUCCAGGUAGCCUCCUGAUUGGCUGGCUUUGGUUCGGGGAAAUUAUGAUUGAUCAACGUCGUCGGGACGGUUGCAUC